AUGCAAGCACAAUUCGAACCAUUGACGAAUGAUCUUCUGCUUCGAGCAGCGAGAGGCGAGAAAGUUUCCCGUCCUCCCAUAUGGAUUAUGCGACAAGCUGGCCGCUAUCUACCAGAAUACCAUAAAGCAAAAGGCCAUCGCAACUUUUUCGAAUGCUGUCGAAGUCCAGAAAUCGCUUCCACGCUGACUGUUCAGCCCGUGGAUCGUUAUGAAGGCUUGAUUGAUGCUGCAAUUAUCUUCUCGGAUAUCCUAGUUAUCCCCCAAGCCCUGGGCAUGCGUGUUGAGAUGAUCGAUAAACAAGGGCCGCAUUUCCCUGAACCGUUGAAAUCACCGAAUGAGGCACAGUUCGCAAAAGUUAUGCAGAAGCAAGUGGACGUUGCGGAAGAACUAGGCUAUAUUUCGAAGGCUAUCUCGCUAUCAAGGCAGAAGUUGAAAGGCCGCGUGCCUUUGAUCGGCUUCUGCGGUGCACCAUGGACAUUGUUAUGUUAUAUGGUUGAAGGAGGAGGAAGUAAGAUGUAUGUACAGGCUAAGAGGUGGAUUUAUCGGUAUCCCGACGAUUCACGCAGCUUAUUGCAAAAGCUUGCCAGCACAUGCGUUGAGUUUCUCGCUCUUCAGGUUGCUUCAGGCGCACAGUUUGUCCAGGUCUUUGACUCACAUGCCGGGGAACUCUCUCCUAAUUCGUUCGAGUCCUUUUCUCUCCCAUACCUACGCUAUAUUGCAACCAAUCUUCCGAAAAGUCUAAGGGAAAUGGGCCUGGAACCCGUUCCUAUGUCUGUAUUUGCCAAGGGAGCAUGGUAUGCUUUGGAGGACCUUUGUGAGUCGGGAUAUCAGGUGAUAAGCCUCGACUGGCUCCAUGAUCCGGCUGUUUCCAUUGGGGUUAUAGGUGGUCGGGCCACAAUUCAGGGAAACGCUGACCCGGGGAUCCUGUACGGAGGUAAUGCGGCCAUCACAGAGGCGGUUGAGCGUAUGGUCGAGGGCUUUGGACAAGGCAAGCAAGGGUGGAUUGUCAACCUUGGUCAUGGUGUAACCCCGUUUGUAAAACCGGAAGUCCUCAAAUUCUUUUUCGAGGAGGUUCAUCGACUGACAGCAUCGUAA